GACAACCACACCCUUGCACCUUCCAGACCGCAACCAACAUAAAACCACCACUCCUCAUCGCUCUGAAGUCGAGGCCCUACGAAGCAACAACUUUAGCACUUUGGCAUGUUCUUGUUGACUAAAUUCCGCAAGGCCCUACCUAUAGCACGGAUUGUGGUCAAGCAUCCUCGGUUCUGCCCACCAAGCUUAUCAAGCGCUCCUCGCAAGCUUUCUUAGCGGCCCUGAGGUGCUGCGUGGCCCCAUCAUGGGUGACCGUGAUGACUGGGAGGACAUCGACGAUGAUGUCGAAAUGGAGCUGCAGCCAGACGAGUCGGAGCCAGGCGAGGACGACUCGCAGAGCUCCGUCUCCGAGGACGACGACGUACCGAUGACCGUCCAACCAGGGCUCGUCCGCAACAUCCUGCAGACCAUCGCCGACAGUGUACGUCCAAGCGGGCAUGAGUCCCAGGCGGAGGACGUGGAGAUGAACCCAAACUGCUCCUGGGACCGCCUCCCCUACGAGCUCUCCCACAAGAUCCUGCAGACCCUCGCCGAGGAUGAGGCGAGGUCACACCUGAUGGCCGAGUACGCCGUCGUCUGCAAGGCGUGGCAGGCUGAGAUCGAGGAGGUCAACUUCCGCACCCUCGCCGUGAAGCAGUCCGACCUGCAACAGCUCGACGAGUACGUGACCGGCCGCCGCAGGGCCCUGCUCAGGCACCUGUGGCUCCAGGUCGAGCUGUCCGAGUACUCGCGGAGGUCGCGCCUGGUCCCGGAGAACGAGCAGGACCAGGAGGAGAACAACGUCAAGUACUCCAUGGCCCUCGCCGACCUCUUCAAGCUGCUCGAGUCGUGGAACACCCCCGAGUUCUGGUCGUCCAGGAACGGCCGCGGCAUCAACCUCGAGCUCAGUGCCUUCUCCCCAAGCGACAAGAGAAACUUGUUUGGCGAGGCGGGAUUGGACGCGGACGGGAACUCGAGAUACUUUGACUCGCUACUGGACUUUAUGCUCCUGGUGGUCCCUGACCCCCAAGGCAUUCACGGCCUGCACAUGGUCGAGGUGGUCACUAGCUUCUCUAUACUCCGGCGAAACUUCCGCAAUGUCUCGGCUACGUCACUCACACCAAUCUUGCGGUCGCUCCCCCGCCUGCAGGAGGUGCGCUUCGAGCCGUGGCAGCAGGUGGACCAGGCAGCCCAAGAAGACGUUGACAGCGAACUCGCCGGCCAGCUCCCCUUCUGGCCAACCACGCUGAAGCGGAUCAGCAUCUUCGAGCACUUUGGCGCCUUCGACCAGAACGACCUGUGGGACACCAGGAUCAGGUUCCCCUUCCUCGCCCACGGCCUCCGGCGCCUCAGCACCCACCUCCAGGACCUGAGCGUCUCGUUCGCGGUGGACGCCAAGGACUUCUUCCAGCCCUGGGCGGCGGCGGCGUGCGCCCCCGCCCCAACCGCGGGCCCGUCCCAGCCGUGCCGGUGGGAGCACCUCCGGUGGCUGACGCUGACGUCGCGGAUGAUCGCCGAGGUGGCGUUCCCGGACGAGAUCAACAGCCUCCUCCGGGCGGCAGGCCUAGCGGCGGCGUCGUCGAUGCCGGCGCUGCAGGCGAUGGAGCUGUACAACGCGACGCGGUGGGACGCGGGCGUGUUCCGGUUCCUGGUGGUGGACAACACGGCCGUGGUCAGCUGGACGAGCACGUGGGAGUUCCGGGUGGCGGCGGCCGUGCGGAGGGUGUGGCGGGAGGUGGCGCUGGCACGCACGCGGCGCGAGCCGGUGGUCUUUGACGAGGUGCGCAUGGCGGACUACAAGGGCGGGCCCGAGGGGUUCGUCCACUCGGAGCUCGCCACGCGCGAGCUGGUGCUGCACCCGAGCUCAUCGGGGGACAUGAUGGGGGACAGGCCGUUCCCGGAGCCGGUACUGCGGCUGCCGGCCAUCUAGUUGGGUUUAAUUUUGUGUUUCUUCUUUGGCUUGGGACGGUGUGUCUGUGGCAGCAGCGGCGGUAGCAGCUGUGGGCAUGAGGCGCCAAACGGUCAUGAUCCGGGCAUUCCUAGAAGAAGAAGCUCAAUUCUGAUCGAGCCUCGGGGUGCCAGUCGAGGCAAUCAAGGUCGCAUCGUGCCUCCCACAUGCUACCCACCGUAUCCUGGGCCUCCUUCCCGUCGUGAAGCUUCUUCAUCAGAACCUUCCCACGAGCCAUCCAUCUACACUAUCUGUCUCGGGCUCGGAACUUUGCGGGCUGGUGGGGAUCGAUCAGAACUAUAAAGGAUGGAUGGGCCAUCUGCCUCGGACUCGGAAGUUUGCGGGCUCGUGGAGGGGGCCAAGGCCCACGGCUGCGACUCUGGAGCAGUGGGCUAGGUAACUAACUACCUACCCAGGUAGCAGUUCAUCCCGUGAGUGAGUGAACGGUCGGUCGAGCUGCUCUGACUGACUGGCAUGCUACUGUGGCAGGUGCGGGCGUGCGUAAAACCGUAGCGACGCAAAGUAGCAGAGUAGAGCAGGACAAAGCAGGAUUUUGGGAUGCAGCACCGAACACGAGACCCGUGAGGCAUAUACCGUACAGCACGAUGAUGAUGAGACGUCGGCAGUCCUAGCAGUGUGUGAUGAUACUGUUAUUCACGCAGGUGUCUGUCCCGCAGGCCCAAGAGGGUCCGUGAAAGGCCUACUAGCAUCUGUGGCUGGUGCGAUAUCUGGUUCGCCCCUGCGUUUGGCCCCCCUCCCCACCAGCCACGGAUGCUAUAUUCCUGGUACGUGUGUGCAGCUCUUGGGUGUUUGAUGUUCAUGUAUGUCCUGUAUAUCAUCCGCGGGGCGAGCUGGCCUGGGCUGCCUGGGCUGCCUAUGUAUGUAUAUAUGCCGAUCUUAUCGCGUCCAGACACGUCUAAUCGGCGAGGCAAGACCGUCCGUCGGGGGCACUACAGUACAGGCCUGUCGGAUCGGUUGCCCGUUUGUGUUGUUGUUUUUUUUUUCUCUUCUCUUCAAAAGCCCCUCCCCCUGCCAGCCGAGGGACACGGACCACCUUUUUCAGGGGUACCCCUUUUUCCCCCUUCUCGAAGGUCCCGGGGAAGACGGACUGGAUGUAACCCUUUCCCAGGGUCGGGGCGAAUCCCUGGGCGGGUACACGUUCGCUUUGGGCGGUGCAAAGCGAAAUGGGCUGGUCAUGCUGUUGAGAUGUGCGAUUUCUGGUAGCGUGUGUUGAUGAGGCUAUUCCGAGCCAGAGGGGGAGGCCCGAGAUGGGAGGUGCGAAGUACAUACCGCAGUACCAAGCCAAGCAUAAAGUACAUACGUACCUCGUACCGUGUAAGGUUUUACAGCAGAUGUCAGAUGCAGGGUCUUGAUGCCGUCAUUCCUGUCUGGCCGGGCUUCCCCAUAGAUACCUAGGUCAGUACGUGCAGUACUUUAGCAGGCUGACUGACAGACCGACCAAAAAUUAGGUUGCAACCGUCGUGUCAGUGGCCGUAGUCGGAAACGUUUGCAACGGGC